CGUAGACAAUAAUAACCUUUCCGAUAAACAAAAAAAAAAGAAUUAAAAGAUAUCUAAUCCAUAACCGACACUUGUCCGUUCCGCCUUCUAUAACUGUACGUCUUAUUCUCUUUCGUCCCCUUUUUUUCUACCUCUAAUCUCCGGUCACCCACUUCUCUUCUUCUCUAAAUCUCUCCGCAAUAUCAAGGAGCUCUCUCUCACCGGUUAAAAGUUGUCGCCGGGGAUUACAAUGGUUGAAUAUCCGGUAAAUGAAGUAUUUAUGCUGUGAUUGGUCUUUUUAUCCUUUUUUUUUAUUGUCAGUACCCAGAGAAAUGAUAGAUCCGUUUAUUGUGAUUCACGUUCGAUCCAGAAUUUGGUUCCACAAGAGAGAAAAAAUCCCUUCAUCGUUGCUUUUGUUUUGCCUUAAUCUCAUCAGAAACGGUGAUUAUCGACUCUAGCGGUGGUGUUGGCUUUUUUCUUCCUUUUUUUGGGGUGAGUAUACGGUUUCGGUGUCAAAUUGUUGAUUUGGAAGUUUGCGGUUUCGAUCUUUAAAACUGGGAAAGAUGAAUAUAAGGGUGGCCGAGGAAGAAUCGGCUCAAGAGAUUCAUAUCCCAGCCGAUAUAGAUUGGGAAAUGCUCGAUAAAUCCAAGUUUUUCUUCUUAGGUGCUGCUCUGUUUUCAGGUGUUUCAGCCACCCUUUACCCUGUAGUUUUGGUUAAAACGAGGCAGCAAGUGGCUCAAUCUCAACUUUCUGGUAUCCGAACCGCCUUUUCUAUUGUUAAACACGAAGGUUUGAGGGCUUUAUACCGCGGAUUCGGUACUUCUUUAAUGGGAACAAUCCCGGCUCGAGCUCUUUACAUGGCAGCUCUUGAGGUUACCAAAAGUAAUGUAGGCAGUGCCACGGUUAACUUGGGUGUUCCCGAACCAACCGCGGCGGCAAUAGCUAACGCUGUUGCCGGAUUAAGCGCUGCAAUGGCUGCACAGCUUGUUUGGACCCCGGUCGAUGUGGUAAGCCAGAGGUUAAUGGUUCAAGGAACCCACCCGAGCUGUAGUUCACCUCGUAGAUACGUAAAUGGGAUCGAUGCGUUUAGGAAAAUAGUUAGAACGGAUGGUCCGAAGGGGUUGUACAGAGGCUUUGGUAUAUCGAUUUUAACGUAUGCUCCAUCGCAUGCAGUGUGGUGGGCAUCUUAUUCGAUAGCUCAGAGGCUCGUUUGGGGAGGCAUUGGAUGCUACAUUUGGAAGAAAGAUGAUGAGAGUAAUAAUAGUAACACGAUUAGGCCGGAUACGAAGACGGUAAUGGCUGUUCAGGGAGUGAGUGCAGCCAUGGCCGGAGGGGUAUCAGCUUUGAUUACAAUGCCACUGGACACAAUCAAGACUAGACUGCAAGUCCUGGAUGGGGAAGAGAAUGGGAGGCGUGGACCAACAGUUGGGCAAACUGUUCGGAAUCUGAUUAAAGAAGGUGGAUGGCUAGCUUGUUAUAGAGGGUUAGGGCCCAGGUGGGCGUCUAUGUCAAUGUCUGCAACAACAAUGAUCACUACUUAUGAGUUCUUGAAACGGCUCUCAGCUAAGAACCAGGGCUCCUUCAUGUAAUACUUUCUUUCUUCUUUCUGGCUUCUUUCAUCUCUGACUAAAUCAUGCUUCUAAUGUUUUUUCUUCUUUCUCAGUUAGUCGUAAAUCUGGGUGCAGCUUCUUUUUAAUCUCAAUACGAAUAUAAAUCUCUUUAUUUCUUUUC